AUGGCUCCACCAUCCUCGGCCAAAGGUGCUGCCGCACCACGACGCGGCAUCUUCACCGUCUUUGCCGCGUUGUCGUUUCUGACUCUUGCCCUGCUUGCCCUGUCUGUCCUAAGGGAGUCCCCUCGGGAUGCCGUGCCCGAAGUGGAACGUGUCGACGAGCCGGAACGGCCUCUCUUGGCGAACACUAGAGCUGCGCCGACCGGAGACAAGUACCUCAUUGGAGUCGGCAAGGCGGACAUCACGGGCCCCGUGGUGGAGAUCAACUUUGCCGGCUAUGCUGCCCUGGCCCAGACAGGCACCGGACUACGCCAGCGCCUCUACUCGAGGGCUUUCAUCGUUGGCGAUGUGAAUAAUCCUGACGACCGGUUCGUGUAUCUGAUCCUAGACACGCAGUCUGGCGACACGGCUGUGAGAUAUGGCAUCCUGGAGGGUCUCACUGCUCUGGGUUCUGGCUACUCCAUGUACGGCCAGUCGAACGUGGCUGUGACUGGCACCCAUUCUCACAGCGGCCCUGGAGCCUGGUUCAAUUAUCUCCUACCCCAGGUAACCAGUCUCGGCUUUGACAAGCAGAGUUAUCAGGCGAUUGUCGAUGGCGCCCUGCUCUCGAUCAAGAGAGCGCAUGAGUCACUCACCACGGGGUAUCUCGACUUUGGCACAGUCAACGUGACGGAUGGCAAUCUCAGCCGUAGUCUAUACGCCUACCUUGCUAACCCGGCUUCCGAGCGUGCUCAAUACAGCGACUCAACCGACAAAACCCUGACGCUGUUGCGCUUCCAGCGCGAGUCGGAUCUCAAGAAUAUCGGCGUGUUGACAUGGUAUCCCGUUCACGGCACAUCCAUGCUUGAGAAUAAUACACAUGUGUCCGGAGACAACAAGGGUGUGGCGGCAUACCUGUUCGAGCAGGCUGUGGCAUCAGAUGACAGUGCUGAUUCGGGCUUCGUGGCGGGCUUCUCGCAAGCCAAUGUUGGUGAUACGACGCCGAACGUUCUGGGUGCUUACUGUGAUGAUGGUUCAGGUCAGAUGUGUAGCUUUGAGAACAGCACUUGCGCAGAUGGCAAGUCGCAGUCUUGCCAUGGCCGUGGGCCCUUGUUCUAUAACCUUGAUUUGGGCGUGACGAGCUGCUACGAAAUUGGGCGAAGGCAAUAUGCCGGCGCAAAAUCUCUCUAUGACUCCCUCGAUACCGUCUCAACAGCGGUAGUCGGUUCAACUGUCAAGUCAUUUCAUUUCUACCACGACAUGUCGUUCUGGGACUUCCAGCUCCCCAAUGGAACGGCAGCGAAGACUUGUCCCGCAGCGUUGGGCUAUUCAUUCGCUGCUGGCACAUCUGACGGCCCAGGCGCCUUCGAUUUCACCCAGGCAGACUCGGGCUCGCCCGAUGCCAAUCCACUUUGGGCAGUUGUGAGCAGCCUUCUCAAGGCUCCCACCGCAGAGCAGAAGGCGUGCCAAGAGCCCAAACCUGUACUUCUUGAUGUCGGCGAGAUGAGCACUCCCUAUGCUUGGAGUCCGAAUAUUGUCGAUGUGCAGACCCUUCGCGUCGGCCAGUUCGUCAUCAUCAUCAGUCCCUCUGAGGCAACGACCAUGAGCGGACGCCGUUGGCGCAACGCUGUCAAGGCCGCCGCGCAGUCUCUCAAGCUGUCACCGACUGCCGAGCCGAUGGUCGUGCUGGGCGGACCCGCCAACACGUAUGCGCACUACGUCGCCACGACCGAGGAGUAUGGCAUCCAGCGUUACGAGGGCGCCAGCACGCUGUACGGCCCGCAUGAACUGGACGCCUACAUCAACCUGACCGUGAGCAACCUGCAGUACCUCGCGCCGACCGCGACCGGCGCCCCGGCGCCAGGCCCUAGCCCGCCUGACAACCGCAACAGCAGCCUGAGCUUCAUCACGGGCGUGGUGCAGGACGCGGCGCCGCUUGGCAAGUCGUUCGGGCAGUGCACCGGGCAGCCAAACGCCACAUAUACACGCGGCGCCGUCGUCAACGCAACGUUCGUGGGCGCCAAUCCGCGCAACAACCUGCGGCUAGAGGGCACGUACGCGGCGGUCGAGAAGCUGGGCGCAGACGGCUCGACGUGGACGCAGGUGCGCAGCGACUACGACUGGUUCCUGGUGUACACGUGGACGCGCACCAACUGGCUGCUUGGGUACAGCGAGGUGGUCAUCAGCUGGGAGACGGAGGACUACGCGGAGCCGGGGACGUACCGGAUUCGGUACAAUGGCGAUUAUAAGCCGCUGAUUGGGAGCGUGACGGCGUUUACGGGGACGAGUAACACGUUCACGCUGACAUGA